GCGAGCCCUACGGCCGCCGGAGCAGCUCCCGCGGCGGAGCAGGAGCCGGAUGGUCAGAGGAGCCCGGCAGCCCCAGCAGCCGCGGAGUCGCCUGGCCCCAAGACUGACUGGCACAGUGGAGAAACCACCUCGAAAACGGAAAAGCAGGACUGAAUUUGCUCUUAAAGAAAUCAUGUCCUCUGGAGGAGCUGAAGAUGACAUCCCACAGGGAGAGAGGAAAACAGUUACAGAUUUUUGUUACCUUCUGGAUAAAUCUAAGCAACUGUUCAACGGGUUAAGAGAUUUGCCACAAUAUGGGCAGAAGCAGUGGCAGUCUUAUUUUGGAAGAACUUUUGAUGUUUACACCAAACUCUGGAAGUUCCAGCAGCAGCACCGACAAGUCUUGGAUAAUCGGUAUGGCUUGAAGCGGUGGCAAAUAGGGGAAAUUGCUUCUAAGAUUGGGCAGCUAUACUACCAUUAUUACCUGCGCACAUCUGAGACCAGCUAUCUGAAUGAGGCUUUCUCCUUCUAUUCUGCAAUCAGGCAGAGAUCAUAUUAUUCUCAAGUCAAUAAAGAGGACAGACCUGAGUUGGUAGUUAAGAAGCUACGAUACUAUGCAAGAUUUAUAGUAGUUUGUCUUCUUCUCAACAAAAUGGAUGUUGUGAAGGAUCUGGUGAAGGAACUCUCGGAUGAAAUUGAAGAUUAUACUCACCGCUUUAAUACUGAAGAUCAAGUGGAAUGGAACCUGGUGCUUCAAGAAGUAGCAGCUUUCAUUGAGGCAGACCCUGUGAUGGUAUUAAAUGAUGAUAAUACCAUUGUUAUCACGUCUAAUCGCCUUGCUGAAACAGGAGCCCCAUUGCUGGAACAGGGCAUGAUUGUGGGACAGUUGUCUCUGGCUGAUGCACUCAUUAUUGGUAAUUGUAAUAACCAGGUUAAGUUCAGUGAACUAACUGUUGACAUGUUCCGGAUGUUACAAGCCCUGGAAAGGGAGCCAAUGAAUUUAGCUUCCCAGAUGAAUAAACCAGGAAUGCAGGAAUCAGCUGACAAGCCUACCAGGCGAGAAAACCCCCACAAGUACCUGCUCUACAAACCAACGUUCAGCCAACUAUACACAUUCUUAGCAGCAUCUUUUAAGGAGCUGCCUGCCAAUAGUGUGCUUCUGAUUUACCUGUCAGCCACUGGCGUUUUCCCCACAGGUCGUUCUGAUAGUGAAGGUCCUUAUGAUUUUGGAGGGGUACUUACUAAUAGUAACCGGGAUAUUAUAAAUGGAGAUGCCAUUCACAAACGAAAUCAGUCCCACAAGGAAAUGCACUGCCUUCAUCCUGGAGAUCUCUAUCCCUUCACAAGGAAGCCCCUGUUCAUCAUUGUGGAUUCAUCCAAUAGUGUUGCGUAUAAGAAUUUCACAAACUUAUUUGGACAGCCACUAGUCUGCUUGCUUUCUCCUACAGCAUAUCCAAAAGCUUUACAAGAUCAAUCUCAACGAGGUAGCCUCUUCACUCUCUUUUUGAACAAUCCUCUAAUGGCCUUCCUAUUUGUCUCUGGAUUGUCAAGCAUGCGUAGAGGCCUAUGGGAAAAGUGUCAAGAAUAUCUUCGAAAAAUCAACCGCGAUAUUGCCCAGCUACUGACCCAUUCACGUUCAAUAGAUCAGGCAUUUCUCCAGUUUUUUGGAGAUGAAUUUCUUCGCUUGCUUCUCACAAGAUUUAUCUUUUGUUCAGCCACCAUGAGGAUGCACAAGAUUUUUCGGGAAACACGAAAUUAUCCAGAAUCAUAUCCACAACUGCCAAGGGAUGAAACAGUGGAGAACCCUCACCUCCAGAAGCACAUUUUGGAAUUAGCAUCCAUUCUGGAUGUGCGAAACGUGUUCCUUGAGAAUACCAUAGAUGACUAUUAAAGCAAAAAUCCUCUGUUGAAACAAGUUUUCAUUUGCCACAGAUUUUAAAUGGUGCAGUUUUCUAAUGUGAUGACAGACACAUAGUGGUGUUAUUUCGUUUUUAUUUUU